CUCCGACACACCGGAACUUAAAGCGCGCUCUCCCGGAAGUCACUGACCCGCCGGCGUUAGACGGAAGAUGACACAAACUGCGAAAUAAAUUCAUCCAAUUUGUGUUGCGACUUGUCGACUGACAAAUUGGUAUAAUUGUCCUUAAGGAAACAUUUCUCCUGCUGGACACACAAUUGUGUGUGUCUGCUCUCCUGGUGACCAUAAUAUAACGUGCCAAGUUAAGGCAAUGGAUCAGAACAACAGUAUACCAGCCUUUCAGGGUCUGGCCUCCCCUCAGGGUGCCAUGACACCGGGUAUGCCGAUGUUCAGUCCAAUGAUGCCAUACGGUUCUGGCCUGACACCUCAGCCUGUGCAGAACACAAACAGUUUAUCCAUACUGGAAGAACAGCAGAGGCAACAACAGGCGGCGCAACAAGCACAGCAGUGUAAUGCAGGUCUUCCUGGAACAUCGGGACAGACUCCUCAGCUCUUCCAUUCCCAGGGAGUCACAGGUUCAACCACCACAGCGCUGCCAGGGAACACUCCGAUGUACAACACCCCACUGACCCCCAUGACUCCCAUCACACCAGCCACGCCAGCCUCAGAGAGCUCGGGAAUAGUGCCACAACUACAAAACAUUGUGUCGACAGUGAAUCUUGGCUGUAAACUGGACUUGAAGACCAUCGCACUAAGAGCCAGGAAUGCUGAGUACAACCCAAAACGUUUUGCUGCAGUUAUCAUGAGAAUACGAGAACCUAGAACCACAGCUCUUAUUUUCAGCUCUGGGAAAAUGGUCUGCACAGGAGCAAAGAGCGAGGAGCAAUCGAGGUUAGCGGCCAGGAAAUACGCUCGUGUCGUGCAAAAGCUGGGUUUUCCUGCAAAGUUUUUGGACUUCAAGAUUCAGAACAUGGUGGGCAGCUGUGACGUGAAGUUCCCCAUUCGUCUGGAAGGUUUAGUACUCACACAUCAACAGUUUAGCAGUUAUGAACCGGAACUGUUUCCAGGAUUGAUUUAUAGAAUGAUCAAACCCAGAAUUGUCUUGCUCAUCUUUGUUUCCGGGAAGGUCGUACUAACAGGUGCAAAGGUGAGAGGUGAAAUCUAUGAAGCGUUUGAAAACAUCUACCCUAUCCUAAAAGGUUUCCGCAAGACCACGUAGAAUUAGCUUUUUUACCCUCCCAACUGUGACUUUUUUUUGUGUUUAGUUUUUUUAAAUGUUUCCCUACAUCUUACAUUGCCCUCUACAGGUUAACUGCUAACAGGACAGUAAAUGUUUUUUUUUUUUAAAUCCCUGAUCAACGUGGCUUAUUUUUAUUUUUUUGUUCAUACUCUUGUACAUAAAUUUAAAAAGGAAAAGCCAUGCUACAGUCAUGACUUUUUAAAAUUGUGUUAAAUUUUAAAUAGUUUUAUACAUUUGUAUCAAUGUCUGCUUGUUUUUUUUUCGGCCCUUUUUCUUAACUGCAUUUCAGACUAAACAAUUCAACUGGCUAUUGUGAUUCAAUUAAGUUUUCAGUUUGGUAUGCUCAUUGAUACCCAGUUUUGGAGGCUCCAUUUCACAAGUUACAAUUUAAAUGGUUAAACGUUUGUUUGAAUGUAGAGGUGAUUAUGCACGGGACCCCUUUUUUCACCCUCACCUAUUUGUUUUUGUCCAUUUUAUGAAGCGGUAAGUCACCGCCAUCUGCAAAUAACAAAUUUUUAUACAUUGGAUUGCGUACUUUUACUUGGCCUGAUGAUGUUCUCUAAACUCUUUAGCACGUACUUUACAUUGUUUUUAAAUGCCACAUUUUUUUCAAAAGCAGUUGAAUGUUUUCAUAUCCAAAAUGCUAUUGUCUAUGUUUUCCACUGUGCAUCAAUAAAUUUGUACAUACCAA